ACGCUCCUCAGCCUCCAAAGGGACCCUAGAGAUGUCUCCCUCUGCCAGCCUGCUGCUGCUGCUCUUGCUUGGCCUCUCUCAUGCUCUUCCUCUCCAAGAGAAUAAAGGACACCAAGAUGAUGACAAAGUCCAUGAUGGGGUCAAACAUAGACAAACACAACGUGUGGACAUCAGCACCAGGAUUCUGAGAGCCAAUAAAUUUUCUGAUGAAGAUCUGAUUGAGGGAGACCUGUUGGUUCCCAAACACAGAAAUGCCAUCAAGUGUUUCUACGCCCAAUGCCUGUGGGGAAAAGGCCCAGAUGGCUUAGUGAGGGUUCCCUACGUCAUCAGCAACGACUUCAACUAUUAUGAGAGACAGAUAAUCCAGGGCGCUGCAAAUGCCUUUGGUCGCUCUACCUGCAUCCGCUACGUCCCUCGUACCUAUGAGAGCGACUAUGUCUACAUUGUGAAUAAAGCUGGAUGCUACUCCUCUCUGGGAAAAGUGGGAGGUGUGCAGGAGCUAUCUCUCAACAGGGCUGGCUGCCUCUACACUGGAGUUGCCCAGCAUGAGAUGAACCACGCUCUGGGCUUCCAGCACGAGCAGGUCAGGAGUGACCGAGACAACUACGUCAGGAUCAACUGGCAGAACAUCACACCAGGCAGUGCUUACAACUUCUACAAAGCAGACACCAACAACCUGAACACUCCCUAUGACUACAGCUCCAUCAUGCAGUACGGAAGAGAUGCUUUCUCCAUCGGCUAUGGAAGGGACACCAUCACCCCCAUCCCCAACCCCAACGCCCCAAUCGGUCAGAGGAAUGGGUUUUCCUACUGGGACAUCCAAAGGAUCAACCUGCUGUAUCACUGCUAACAACAAAUGAAUAAAAUGUUAAAUGUUGAACUAGCAGAAUGCAUUACUGAAAAUUUUCUAAAGAUCUUAAUAAAUCUGCAGCAAACUGA